CUUACGUCACAUUCUUGUUCGUAGCACCAUUCGAAAUAACGAGUAAUUACAGCUAGCCGGUGUGAGAUUUUCUCCAACCCAAUUGCAAGCUUGUUGCUUAGCUUUCCCUAGUAACUUACCCAAGGCAUUCGUCCCCACCGCUCAAUAUUACAAAAGCUCUCACCGUCUCCCAUGGACAACAAAACAAAGUAGAGGAUAAAAUGUCCGCCGAAUGAAAGGUUCAAAAGACACCAACUCUCCCUAGCAGCUACAACACCUCCAGCUGAAAAAGAACCGGCCGCCGCAACGGCAGCCUUGACCUCUUUCCCUUCGCUGCCUGUCUACACCUCUCCCUCCGCCAACAUGAUUGCUCUCAAGGGCAUUGGAGCUGCUUCCUUCACUCCAACAAAGCAACCAUUUCUCCGCACCAAAAGACCAGCAACUCCAAGGAGCUAUUCGCUUCUCUGCCUCUCCAAGUCCGGCGACUCUGAUACCGAUUCCACUUCAGAAUCUUCAGAAGGUGGUGGUGGUGGAGACACCCGCCGGCAAGAGUUACUCGCCAGAAUAGCUAUGCUCCAGACCGAGAAGGUCCGCCUCACAGAUUACUUGGAUGAGAGAUCCGAUUACCUCACUCAGUUCGCCGAAGAGGCCAACGCGGAGAUCGACAAGAUUGGAGAGGAUGCCCUCACCCGCCUCGACGAAGCCAGUUCCAGGAUAAUGGAGAAAAUAGAGAGCCGCAUGCAAGCUUUCGAGGAAUCUGCAGAAAUGGAAAUGGCAGAGAUAGAAGACAAGGAAAGCAAAUUGGCGGACUUCGAGGGACAGAUGGAUAAGGAUCGUAAUGAAGGGCUCUUCUUUAAGAACCUGGGGAUGAUGGGACAGAAAGCAGCGCCUGCCGUUGAUAAAACAAAGGCACAAGAAGAAGUGCAGAAGAUCAAAGAUCUGGCCAAAGCAAAAGCUGAAUCAGUGGCUAGAAAGAACAUUUACCUUGCUCUAAUUGCAAUCCUGGUCUUUACCAUCGCAGAAUCUGUGAUAACAACCCCUUCACCAGAAUGGCAGAAAAUUGCAGUUCUUGGAGCAAUCUUAGUCGGGUUGAUCACUCAGGUCACCUACGAGCAGAGCUUGUCAUCAUCAUCAGACGCACAAAAGCUAGAACAGAAGGAUAAGGCUGACAAAGAAGAGCAAUGACUAAUGGCUUCAGUGUGAAUAUAGCAUGAGUUAAUAGACACAAGUGUGACACUUGCAACUUGAGCUUGAUACGUCCAGCAAAUUUAUGUAGCAUCACAUUUCUUGUAUCUUGGUGAAAUUACUCGCAACACCAAGUACCAUGUAACCGAAGUUACAAUGCAGCGAUGCAUAUUGUACAGGUUUUCAUAGUUAGUAGGCAUUAGAAAAUGCAUUACCAGCUUUCAUAGUCGUUUUUUAAUUCUGUAUACAUUAAUCAUCAUGGUUCGUUCAUAUACAUGAUGCUGUAGCCAUGCAGUGAAGUUGCAGUGAUGUUAAACCUGGAACGAAAAAAAGCUCACGGGUUGAAAGCUAAUAGGUUUUUCAGAGUUAACGAUUCAGGAUUUAUGGGCCAAAAACAACGAUUAUCCCACUCCACACAAUAAUAGAGCUUAGAGGCUAGAAGUUUUUCCACUAGAUAUUCACCAAAUUUCUUGAGGCCUCAGUGUAUAUCAUCUGUAUAAUUGUCUGACCCCUGUAAACUGCAUGAUUAGAUUAAAAGCACUGUUAGAAACAAGAUAAGACCUUUUGUAAAAGAAUUUUUUGAAUAUGUUGAAUCGAUUGAAAUUGAGGAGCAAUCUUUGUUGGGCUGAUCACUCGGUUCACCAACGGGCAGAGCUUGUCAUCAUCAUGACAUACAAAAGCUAGACCAGAAGGAAAAGGCAGGCAAAUAAGAGCAAUGACUAAUGGAUUCAGUGUGAAAAUAGCAUGAGUUUUUUUUUUUUUUUUUUUUGGGAAUGUGAAUUUAGCAUGAGUUAAUAGACCCAAGUGUGACACUUGCAACUUGAGCUUGAUACGGCCAGCAAAUUUUUGUAGCAUCACAUUUCUUGUAUCUUGGUGAAAUUACUCGCAACACCAAGUACCAUGUAACCGAAGUUACAAUGCAGCGAUGCAUAUUGUAAAAGGCAUUAGAAAAUGCAUUGCCAGUUUUCAUAGUCGUUUUUAAAUUCUGUAUGCAUUAAUCAUCGGGGUUCGUUCAUAUACAUGAUGCUGCACCCAUGUGGGUGAAGUUGCAGCAUAGUUAAACCUAGAAGGAAAAAAAGCUCACAAGUUGAAAGCUAAUAGGAUUUUCAGAGUUAACGAUUCAGAAUUUAUGGGCCCAAAACGACGAUUGUCCCACUCCACACAAUAAUAUAGCUUAGAGGCUAGU